CUGUGUCUCACCCCACCCCCCGACCCUCCGUUGCUGCAUCUUGUCGCUCACCUUUGCAUUAAAGUUUUCAGUGUCCCUGGCGUACGUGAGCAACGCUUUUUUGUUGUUGUUUAAUUCGUGCGUUCUUGUACAUCAGCAUUGAGAAGACAAAGGCGGCCGGGCGUGGUGCUGGCCACACACACACACCACCACACACACCACACUCCGUGUGAUGUCCGACGCGCACAGCUGCGAGCAGCAGGAGCAGCAGCAGCACUUGCGCUACAGUCUGAUUAAAAGGCUGCACGUGGAAUCUGUGGCAGGCACCUAGCCUGGCACAGCAGUCAACCCAUGGCAGCUGGGUCUGUGGAUUAGUCCGUGGAGCGGUAAGCGUAGCGGGUAGCGUGCUGCGCUAUGAACCCGGCCACCCGAGUUCGACUCCCGCUCGCGGACAAACGCCCAGUUGACUUGUCAUCUGAAUUGUUUUUUUUUGUGGGGCCUCCCCUAGGUCGACUCAGCCUCAAAGGAGUACCUGGUGCGGUGUGUCAACAUCGCCACUGGGGAGACAAAGGGCGGCCGGGCGUGGUGUUGGCCACGCACCACCACGUGUGCUGACCGACCUUCACAGAUGGAUUCACUCAUUGAGUUGGCAUUCAUCAAACAAGAACGAGAAGAACGUGCAUGUCCCGGGCUGUGCCCUGACUUCAUUAAAAAUGAAGAUCCAGAUGCUGUCGAGUGUGAACACGUGUACAGGAGCGGUCGUGAACAAGCAAGAAGAGGAGGGGAGUCUGGACACCGAGAUGCUGGGGAUUGUGGUGAAAACGGAAAUGGAGAGAGACACUCCAGAUGUGAAGACAGAUCCAUUUGAAGCCAGCGAUGAUAUGCAGGAUUCCCGUGGAUGUUCGGCCACUCCAGACCAGAGCUUCAUUGAGGUGGAGUUAUUGAAGGAAGACCUUGGUCAAUAUGAAAAAGAGGAAACGGCGGGACUCUUGUGCACAGAAUGCAGGAAGAACUUUGGCAGAUGCUUUGUAAAAACAAUUAAUGAAGUGAAAUGCUCCGGACAGAGGCUGCAAACCUGCAGCGAGUGCGGGGAGAUGCUUGAGGGCGCCGCAUGGUGCAUUUACAGACGGACUACCAGGAGGACGCGCACAGGAGAGGAGGAACGCUUGCAUUCAACGCGCCAGAAUGCAUCUACACAAGUGGACAAGUCGGGAGCACGUGAAGUGACCAGCACUGCUGGCGGGGGGAAACACGAGUGUAAGGAGUGUGGGAAGGGGUUUCCGUAUCACUAUCAAUUGCAGAUGCAUGUUCGAACACACACCGGCGAGAAGCCAUACGCGUGCACAGAUUGUGGGAAGCAAUUUUCACACAGAUCUUCCCUAAAGCUUCACUUAAUAACGCACACCGGCCAGAAGCCACACGUGUGCACGGAGUGUGGGAAGGAAUUUACACGCCGGUCCCACUUGGAGACGCAUUCUAGAACGCACACCGGCCAGAAGCCACACGUGUGCACCGAGUGCGGGAAGGCGUUUCCGAGGCGUUUUAACUUAGAGGCACAUUUUAGAACGCACACGGGCGAAAAGCCACACGUAUGCUCCACGUGUGGGAAGGGAUUUUCGCAACGCUCUAAUUUAGAGACGCACUCGAGAAUACACACGGGCGCAUGGCUACACGUGUGCAAGGAGUGUGGAAAGGGCUUUGCACAUCGUUCUAAUUUAGAGGCACAUUCUAGAACGCACACGGGCGAGAAGCCACAUGUGUGCACCCAGUGUGGGAAGGGAUUUUCACGAAUAAACACUUUAAAGAAACAUUCUAGAACGCACACUGUUGAGUGAAAACAUCUGGUUAUAUUCUACUUGAGCUAAAAGCUGCGUUGAGUGUUUUCAAGUUCAUCCAGACGAUGGGCACCUAAAUGCCAUUGGCUCACCAUGUAGCCUUAUAUGUAAGCUGUAAAAAUUAUAUAGAAAGGCUGUUCAAAUUACAGUAAUACCUCCAUAUGCGAAUAUUCAAUAAACGAAGUUUCAGUAGAAUGAACUUUGGAUGUAUUACCAUUAUAUUAAUGGUGCAAAAAUUAAGUAAAACAAAUACACUGAAAUGUAUAAAUAAAUAAUAAAAUUCUCCAUCUACGGUACUAUAUAAAUUAGAGUAAAAUUAUAAUAAGACACGUUUCUUGAGCAUUGAAAAUGGGUCAUAGAAUGUUUGUUUAAAUCCGUUGCGGCCAAUAUGUGCAUAGCGCACAGCAAUGCACCAUGUUACGACGCUAUGGUGUUUGGUGGGCAAUGCAACCUUAUGACUGCACCGAAGACUACACUGCACUAGUGAGUGUGAAUAUAUUUUACAGUACAGUACACUUCAUUUUAUUUGUUAGCGUUUUUAUUUCAAUCCUGUACAGUAUCAAAUCUAUUAUUUUCAAUAAAAAUUGUCUUACAAUAUGAACGGUAAGUUAUGAAGUUUUUAUAUGAGCAAAUGGUAAGUUACGAGAUAUAAGGUUUGUCAAAAUGCGUUCGUUAAUUUUUACCCUUAUGGAUGAUUAAAUUCUCAAAUCUAUAUUUGCCCUGGUGGCGUGGAUGUAUGUACUCUUUAAUGUUGAGAGUAUACAGAUGUUACCGUGAUAUUUUAAAAAAUGUAUUUUUUUGUUUGUAAUAAAACCCUCUUGUCAAUCCAUUGCUGGAUGAAGGCCUCCCCA